AUGCCUUUCAACACUGCUCUGACAAGAGCCCUGGGCAUAUCAGUCCCGGUCGUGCAGGGAGGUAUGCAAUGGGUGGGUUAUGCAGAGCUUGCUGCUGCCGUCAGUAACGCUGGUGGACUGGGUAUUCUCACGGCCCUUACUCAACCGACCCCAGAAGAUCUUCGCAAAGAGAUCCGAAGGUGCAAGACCAUGACCAAGAAGCCCUUCGCCGUGAACAUCACCCUCCUCCCCGCACUCGUUCCCCCAGACUACGGCGCCUAUGCCCAGGUGGUGAUCGACGAAGGCAUUAAGAUUGUCGAGACAGCGGGAAAUAACCCAGGCCCAGUGAUUGAAAAACUCAAGAAGGCCAACACCACCAUUCUUCACAAAUGCACGACCAUCCGUCAUGCCAAGUCUGCGGUGAAGCUGGGAGUCGACUUCCUGUCCAUUGACGGAUUCGAAUGCGCCGGCCACGUCGGCGAAACCGACAUCACCAACUUCAUUCUUCUAAGUCGCGCGCGUCAGGAGCUGAAGACUCCGUUCAUUGCAUCUGGAGGAUUUGCUGAUGGUCAGGGGCUGGCUGCUGCUCUGGCUCUUGGAGCCGAGGGUAUCAAUAUGGGUACUCGGUUCAUGUGCACGAUUGAAGCACCCAUUCACAUCAAUGUCAAGCAGGCAAUCGUUAAGUCAGAUGAGACGCAGACGGCUUUGGUCAUGAGACGGUGGAAGAACACCACUCGCUUGUAUGGAAACAAGGUGGCCAAGGAGGCUCUGAAGGUGGAGAAGGAAAGCAAGUCGGGCGAGUUCAGCGACAUCGCGCCCUUCGUCAGUGGCAAACGCGGCAGAGAGGUUUUCUUGAAUGGCGAUAUUGACUAUGGAGUCUGGACUGCCGGUCAAGUCAUUGGUCUGAUCCACGAUAUUCCGACUUGCGCUGAGCUUCUUCAGCGAAUCGAGAAGGAAGCCGUCGAAGCGCUGGACCGCUCCAGGUCGUUGCACACGGCAACCAUCCCCAGCAAGCUGUAG